CGCGCCCCGUCCGGGAUGGGGUGCCUGGACGCCUGAGUCGCCGCUCGGCGCGACCUCCGCGCGGGGGAAGGAGCCGGUGCCUCGCGGCCGCGCUAGGAUGGAGGUGCCCGGCGGCAGCGAUCCCAGCGGCGACGGGGCUGGGGACAGUGCCCACCUGGACCCCCGGGCACCCGGCGCCGCUGCGCCCAUCUCCGGCCAGUGCGCGGCCGCCCGGGAGUCGGAGCGCCAGCUGCGCCUCCGCCUCUGCGUCCUCAACGAGAUCUUGGGUACCGAGAGGGACUACGUGGGCACCUUGCGCUUCUUGCAGUCGGCAUUCCUGCAUCGCAUCCGGCAGAACACGGCGGACUCGGUGGAGAAGGGCCUGACGGAGGAGAACGUCAAGAUCCUGUUCUCAAACAUUGAAGACAUCCUGGAAGUUCAUAAGGAUUUCUUGGCUGCCUUGGAGUUUUGUUUACAUCCGGAGCCUCAGUCUCAGCAUGAACUUGGGAACGUUUUCUUAAAAUUCAAGGACAAGUUCUGCGUAUAUGAAGAAUAUUGCAGCAACCACGAGAAGGCCCUGCGUCUGCUUGUGGAGCUGAACAAGAUCCCCACCGUGCGGGCCUUCCUUUUGAGCUGCAUGCUCCUGGGAGGCCGGAAGACCACGGACAUCCCUCUGGAGGGCUACCUGUUAUCUCCUAUUCAGAGGAUCUGCAAGUACCCCCUCCUCCUCAAGGAACUCGCCAAGAGGACGCCCGGCAAGCACCCCGACCACCCCGCGGUCCAGAGUGCCCUGCAGGCCAUGAAGACCGUCUGUUCCAACAUCAACGAGACCAAGAGACAGAUGGAGAAGCUGGAGGCCCUGGAGCAGCUGCAGUCGCACAUCGAAGGCUGGGAGGGCUCCAACCUCACGGACAUCUGCACCCAGCUCCUCCUGCAAGGGACUUUGUUAAAAAUCUCCGCGGGCAAUAUCCAGGAGAGAGCCUUCUUCCUCUUUGACAACCUCCUUGUCUAUUGCAAGCGGAAAUCCAGGGUCACUGGGAGCAAGAAAUCCACCAAGAGGACCAAAUCCAUCAACGGCUCCCUGUAUAUCUUCCGGGGUCGAAUCAACACUGAAGUCAUGGAGGUGGAGAACGUGGAGGAUGGGACAGCGGAUUAUCACAGCAAUGGCUACACCGUCACCAACGGCUGGAAGAUCCACAACACGGCCAAGAACAAGUGGUUUGUCUGCAUGGCCAAGACAGCGGAGGAGAAGCAGAAGUGGCUGGAUGCCAUUAUCCGUGAGCGGGAGCAACGCGAGAGCCUGAAGCUGGGCAUGGAACGGGAUGCCUACGUCAUGAUCGCGGAGAAGGGGGAGAAGCUCUACCACAUGAUGAUGAACAAGAAGGUGAACCUGAUCAAGGACCGUCGGAGAAAGCUGAGCACCGUCCCCAAGUGCUUCCUUGGCAAUGAGUUUGUUGCCUGGCUCCUGGAAAUUGGUGAAAUCAGCAAGACAGAAGAAGGCGUGAACCUGGGCCAAGCCUUGCUGGAGAAUGGUAUUAUCCACCAUGUCUCUGACAAGCACCAGUUCAAGAACGAGCAGGUGAUGUACCGCUUCCGGUACGACGACGGUACCUACAAGGCCCGGAGUGAACUGGAGGACAUCAUGUCCAAGGGUGUGAGGCUUUACUGCCGUCUUCACAGCCUCUACACCCCUGUGAUCAAGGACCGCGAUUACCACCUGAAGACGUACAAGUCGGUGCUGCCCGGGAGCAAGCUGGUGGACUGGCUGCUGGCCCAGGGCGACUGCCAGACUCGCGAGGAGGCGGUGGCGCUUGGUGUGGGCCUGUGUAACAAUGGCUUCAUGCACCACGUGCUGGAGAAGAGCGAGUUCAAGGAUGAGUCCCAGUACUUCCGUUUCCACUCAGACGAGGAGAUGGAGGGAACCAGCAGCAAGAACAAACAGCUUCGCAGUGACUUCAAGCUGGUGGAGAACAUUCUGGCCAAGCGCCUGCUGAUCCUGCCCCAGGAGGACGACUAUGGCUUCGACAUCGAGGAGAAGAACAAGGCCGUGGUGGUGAAGUCGGUCCAGAGGGGCUCUCUGGCGGAGAUGGCCGGCCUGCAGGUGGGGAGGAAGAUCUACUCCGUCAACGAGGACCUGGUGUUCCUGCGGCCCUUCGCAGAGGUGGAGUCCAUCCUCAGCCAGUCUUUCUGUUCCCGCCGCCCGCUGCGUCUCCUGGUAGCCACCAAGGCCAAAGAGAUCGUCAAAGUCCCCGAUCAUCCAGAGGCUCUGUGCUUCCAGAUCCGUGGAGCUGCCCCGCCGUACGUCUAUGCUGUGGGGAGAGGCUCUGAGGCUGUGGCCGCAGGCCUCUGUGCUGGCCAGUGCAUCCUGAAGGUCAAUGGCAACAACGUGAUGAACGAUGGAGCCCCAGAUGUCCUGGAGCACUUCCAGGCUUUCCGGAGCCACCGAGAAGAGGCCCUGGGCCUGUACCAGUGGGUCUACCACACCCACGAGGAUGCCCAGGAGGCCCGGGAGGCCCCCAGCGAGGACCCUAGUGGCGAGGGGGCCCGAGAGGAAGACCAGUCCAACUCAGCCUUCCCCCUGCUGUCCCUGGGUCCCCAGCUGAGCCUGCACGAGGACAGCCCUGUGGUCAGCCUGACGGUGGACAACGUGCACCUGGAGCAUGGCGUGGUGUACGAGUAUGUGAGCACAGCAGGCAUCAAGUGCCACGUGCUGGAGAAGAUCGUGGAGCCCCGUGGCUGCUUCGGCCUCACUGCCAAGGUCCUUGAGGCCUUUGCCACCGAUGACAGUGUCUUUGUGCAGAACUGUGGGCGGCUUAUGGCCCUGAGCAACAACAUAAGGACCAUGUCCCACUAUGAGUUCCGCAACAUCUGUGACACCAAGCUGGAGAGCAUCGGCCAGAGGAUCGCCUUAUACCAGGAGUUUGCAGCUCAGCUAAAGAGCAGGGUCAGCCCGCCCUUCAAACAAGCACCCCUGGAACCCCAUCCGCUUUGUGGCCUGGACUUUUGCCCCACCAAUUGCCACGUCAACCUCAUGGAAGUGUCCUACCCCAAGACUACUACCUCGGUUGGCAGGUCCUUCAGCAUCCGCUUUGGUCGCAAACCCUCCCUCAUCGGCCUUGACCCAGAGCAAGGUCACCUGAACCCCAUGUCCUACACGCAGCACUGCAUCACCACCAUGGCUGCCCCAUCCUGGAAGUGCCUACCUGCUGUGGACGGGGACCCCCAAAGCCAGGGUCCCAACAACAGCAGCUUUGGGUCAGCCAUUGGAACCCUUGGCCAGGAGGACCGGGGUUUGAGCUUCCUACUCAAGCAGGAGGACCGUGAGAUCCAGGAUGCCUACCUGCAGCUCUUUACCAGACUGGAUGUGGCCCUGAAGGAGAUGAAGCAGUAUGUUACCCAGAUCAACAGGCUGCUGUCCACCAUCACGGAGCCCACCUCGGGUGGGUCCUGCGAUCCGCCCUUGGCCGAGGAGGCCUCAUCCCCCCAACUGGUCAGCGAAGAGAGCGAGAUGGACAGGACCGACCACGGGGGCAGCAAGAAAGUGUGCUUCAAGGUGUCUGAGGAGGAUCAGGAGGACUCGGGUCAUGACACCAUGAGCUACCGGGACUCCUACAGUGAGUGUAACAGUAAUCGGGACUCCGUCCUGUCCUACACCAGCGUGAGAAGUAACAGCUCCUACCUGGGCAGCGACGAGAUGGGGUCUGGGGACGAGCUGCCCUGUGACAUGAGGAUCCCGUCAGACAAGCAGGACAAGCUUCACGGCUGCCUGGAGCACCUCUUUAACCAGGUGGACUCUAUCCAUGCACUCCUCAAGGGGCCAGUCAUGAGCAGAGCUUUUGAAGAGACGAGGCAUUUCCCCAUGGACCACAGCUUACAAGAGUUCAAACAGAAAGAGGAGUGUACAAUUCGUGGCCGCAGCUUGAUCCAGAUCAGCAUCCAGGAGGACCCCUGGAACCUCCCCAAUUCCAUCAAGACCCUGGUGGACAACAUUCAGAGAUACGUGGAAGAUGGAAAGAACCAGCUGCUCCUGGCCUUGCUGAAAUGCACAGACACGGAGCUGCAGCUGAGGAGGGACAGCAUCUUCUGCCAGGCACUGGUGGCCGCCGUGUGCACCUUCUCGGAGCAGCUGCUGGCGGCCCUGAGCUACCGCUACAACAACAACGGCGAGUACGAGGAGAGCAGCCGGGACGCCAGCCGCAAGUGGCUGGAGCAGGUGGCGGCCACUGGCAUCCUCCUGCGCUGCCAGUCCCUGCUCUCGCCGGCCGCGAAAGAGGAACGGACCAUGUUGGAGGACAUCUGGGUGACCCUGUCGGAGCUGGACAAUGUCACCUUCUCCUUCAAGCAGCUGGACGAGAACUACGUGGCCAACACCAACGUCUUCUACCACAUCGAGGGCAGCCGGCAGGCACUGAAGGUCAUCUUCUACCUGGAUAGCUAUCACUUCUCCAAGCUGCCCUCCCGCCUGGAGAGCGGGGCCAGUCUAAGGCUGCACACCGUGCUCUUCACGAAAGCUCUGGAGAACAUGGAGGCGCCGCCUUCUCCAAGCAGCCAGACGGUGGAAGAUUUGCAGCAGGAGAUCAAUGCCCAGUCCCUGGAGAAGGUUCAGCAGUAUUACCGCAAGCUCAGGGCAUUUUACCUGGAACGGUCUAACCUGCCCACGGACGCCAGCACCACAGCGGUGAAGAUAGACCAGCUGAUCCGCCCUAUCAAUGCCCUGGACGAGCUCUGCCGUCUCAUGAAGUCCUUCAUCUACCCCAAGCCUGGUGCCGCGGGGAGCUUGGGCGCCGGCCUCAUCCCCAUCUCCUCUGAGCUCUGCUACCGCCUGGGGGCCUGCCAGAUCACCAUGUGCGGCACGGGCAUGCAGAGGAGCACCCUGAGCCUCUCCCUGGAGCAGGCAGCCAUCCUGGCGCGGAGCCACGGGCUGCUGCCCAAGUGCAUCAUGCAGGCCACAGACAUCAUGCGGAAGCAGGGCCCCAGGGUGGAGAUUCUGGCCAAAAACCUCCGAGUCAAGGACCAGAUGCCCCAGGGUGCACCGCGGCUCUACCGCCUCUGCCAGCCGCCGGUGGACGGAGACCUCUAGGCACUGAGGUGUCUGGUGCUUGGCUGCGCCCUCUGGAGCUGGGAUUUGGGAGGACACAGGGGGCCGUGUGGCCUUCUCCAGAGCUGGCCCGAGACCUCCUCUCCUGCCUGUUUGAAGAUCUGUCUGGCCUCCUCCAUCACCUCCUGGGAAGAUAAGCAGUGCCCCCACUCUUGGAUGAGCUGGUGGAUCGGCCCUGGGCUGGCAUGUUCUUCACAUUUUUGCCAGAAGCCCGAGGGCUGCUGGGGACCCACAGAACUGAUGGGUACAGCCAGGGCCUGGGCUCCAGCCUGCAGGUCCCCAGAACACGGGAGAAGUCACGGGCACUGCAGCUGGAGGCCCACGGCCCCAGCUCCCUCGGGAUGGCUCAACCUGCACUUUGGAAACCUCUGGUUUCCUUCUAUGUCCACAUUCCAGGCGACCACAUGUGUCUGCUCCUCUUCCUCACCUUAGCUUCCAGAUUCCCCCCUAACCCUGUACUAAUCUGCCCGAUGGACUCGGAAAAGCCGGGCCUCUGCCGGUAAAGACGGGCAGGGCACGACGCCUGUUACCAAGAGGACGGUCGAAAGCCACACCGGCUUCAGCCAUCAGCGCCGUUGGAACUGGAGCCAUCAGCCCUGGGCACGAGAUUUGCUCUGACUUUAUUUAUAUGGCGUGAACUCUCUAUGGUUUAUUUUGGGGUUUUUAUGUUGUUGUUGGUAUCGCUGAGAUUUUUUUUCCCCCAGGUUGCGUGAUUAUAUAUUUGACAUUUAAAUUUCAAAGAAAGCUAUAUUGUCUAAUGGGACCAGCAUAAGGUAGUGUUGACAACUUUUCCCAGUUCUACUAAAAAAAAAAAAAAAAAAAACAAAGAAAAAGAAAAACUAAAUUAUUGAAAAUUCAAAAGAUGUCAGUAUUUCAUCUUUUUAAUAUUAGGGUCUUAAGAUAUGGCUUUCAGGUAUCGACUAGGGUUCCUUUUCCCACCCACCCUCGGUUCUCUAGCAGUUGGUCUGUAUCAGGGUGAAUUACUUUGUUCUUUGAACGACUGGCUACAAGGGUUUGAGAGGUGGCUGGGCCAGGCCUGGGGGCUGGAGGGGGUUGAACCAUCCAUUGGAGAGGCAUUCCCACACUGGUGUCUGUCCUCUGCAGGUAGAAGGGCUGCCGGGAAACACUUGAGUGGUACCUUCUGUAAUUUAUUUUUUGAUGUUAACUCAGAGCAGGGCAUUUGGGACUUCUCAGCCAGCUAGAGAGAUAGGAAGCUACCCUGCCCACCUGGGCACAGGGACCCACACAGGAUCCCCCCUCUGCCCCCCCAGCAGUUUGUCCCCUCUAGGUUCUGUUGCCAGCAGGGAAAUGUCACAGCUGGGACAGAAGGGAGGAGUCUUUUCAGCCUUGACUGAUGGGUGAAAUCAGGUGUGGGUUUUCCGCUGCCCUGGAGGCUUGAAGACCAAUCAGCAUCUUGGCCCCCUGUACCCCCAGGGGCCGCCUUCCCUCUCUUGCCACCCUGCACCAGAUUGCAAGAGGUGGGCUUGUUGCAGGACAGAGGUGGCACAGAUACAAACGAGGACCCCAUGGCAGAAACGCAGAGGGGUCCCCGAGGGCAAGGGCGUCGUGCACUGGUUUACUUUGAAAUGUACAGAUCUUCUCAUUCAAUUCAUGAUAGAUUUUUUAUUAUUAUUAUUAAAAGUUGGUUUAUAAUACAAAGAUCCUAAUCUGUGGCGAGUUCCUUUGGGGACAACCCUGGUCCCGUGGAGGUGGCUAGGCCGGCCAGCAUCACAGGCGGAGUGAGCAACGGUUUUGAAGAUGGCACGGAGGAUGAUCGCUUCGAUACCGUCAGGGUCCUUGAGGCAGCGACCCCUGCUCAGUGAGUUACCACUCUGAACCUCAGUUUCCUUCUCUAAAAUGGCAGUAUAUAUAUUCCCUUGCAGGGGACUGCUGAGGAAUACCCAAGAUUGUACCGCAGCUCUGCCAUUCAGGUGUGCCUGGAAAAUUACUGUCUUUAUAUGUAUUUCACUUUUAUUUUGGAUUCUCAGUUCCUAUUUCACUGUGAUGGUGGAAGAAUGUGAUUGUUCUUCCAGGCAUUCCCUUGCCUCCUUGUGAUGUCAUGCUAGGACUCUCUGUCUCACAUGUGCCCGCGGAUCAGGGUGGGUCUGAGGGAUGAGCCAUCCUCCGCCCCAACUUGGAAGGCCCGUUUGGUCUGGAAUCUGCUGGAGUGGAGUUACAAGUACUCAACGCGUGGUUGGGCUGGUUCCUGGCCAAUCAGAAUCCACGCUGGCUGCAAACGGACCAAUCAGAACAGACUCCAGCACUGAUGCUGUUCCUGCCCACCUGGACCUGUGGUCUUGGUCCCAUGCUAUCACUUGGCAAAGUAAAGAAAGAAGAGAACUGUCUAGAAACAACCAAGUCUGGAUAAGAACCAAGAUGUCUGGGAAUUCUCCGUUCCCUCCCUCCACCCCACCAUCAUCUCACACCUGAGGAAAGGACACUAUAAAUGGCAUAGUCUGGAAUGCUUAGUGGAGACCCUGGAGCAAGAACCCACCUCUCUCUGCAGUAAAAGAUUCAAAGUAGCUGAGCCAAGAGCGUGCCCAGGGCACGGCCGAUCUGACAUCCUGUCUGCAGCAUGGAUGGACACCCCUCUUGGUCCCCAUUCCCUGCUCAUGGCCGCACCACUCUUUCUCUUCUUCUCAUGGACCUUGGCAGCCGUCUCUGAAAACAGCUCAUUAGUCCGGAGUGUUCAGAAACAUCACUCUUGCUUCUGGAUUUUUCUGCUGAAUCUGAAAAGAGGAACUGGUCCCCAGGUGACCAAGGAGCCCCAGCCUCACACACCACAGCUGUGGAGAAAUGGUCGGGACCUCACUCAGGUCCAGUCGGAAAGACCCAAAUGGAUGUUCCCCUCUGAGGAUUCCCAAACCCGACAAGAGGAGGGAAGAGGAAUUUGACAAGAGGAAAAAGUGGCCAGAGACAGAGCAAGGGAGCUGGUGGGAUGCGAAAACUUCCACGAGAGGCGUGAAGAAAGGAAAUUGUGGUAGUGGGAGGGGGGUGUGUGGAGACCCCCCCAUGUGCUGCAGUCAGAGAUCCUGUGACAGAGGCGAGGAUCCUUCCAAGGACGUGAGUAAGCCCCAUCUCUGUGUCUUCCUUCAUUUUGCAGGUAUUUAUUGAUGGUCUAUUAUGUACCAGGCAGGGCAGUGGGUGCUGGGAAGAGCAGGUUCCUGUCCAGAUGACCACUGUCACUUUUCUCCCUUGAAAUCCCUUUCUGCACCCAACAGCCAGGGUGAGCCAGUUAAAAGCCCAUAUGACCUCAGGGCCUUUGCACUUGCUGUUCCCCCAUGCCUGGACUGCUCUUCUCCCAGUUGCCUGUGUGGCUCACUCCCUUACCUCCUUCAGGUCUCUCCUCAGAUGUUACCUUCUCAGUAAGGCCCUCCUUGGCUGCUCUGUUUAAAAUUGCAGCCUCCCUCCCAUCCCUGCCCAUUCCCUGUCCUCCCUGCCGACACUUACCACUAUCUGACAUGAUACGUAUUUUAUGUGUUUAUUGAUCUUACCUCAUGAGAACGUCUGUCUCAGAAGCACUGUGUAGGCUUUGUUCGUGGCUAUAUCCCAGACACUAAAAUAGUGCCUGGCAUACAGUAGGCGCUCAUGUAUAUUUAAGAAAUGAGAAAAAAAAUUCUUUCCCUCUGUUUUAAAGUAUAGUGUAUUAACAGAAAAUUUGAGGUAUGGUAAGGCCAACAGAAGAUCGCUGCCAUUGAAGAGGUAGUUUUUUUACAGUCCCCAAGAGAAGCAUGCCACCCACCGGGAAGUGCCUGGUGGGGCAGAGGUGGGGCGGGGGGUGGAAAGUGUGGGCAGGAGCCUUGUUGUGUGGUUUCCGCUGAAAGGAGUAGAAGAAGCAGGGCAAGCAGGCUUAGGAUUGGCUAGUUUGAAUGGUUUUAGGGGGCUCUGGGGCAGAGUGUCUGUCUCUGGUGGUCUGAUACUGGCCCUAGGGUGAUUAGGGCAGGUGGAUAGUGGCCUGGAGUAUGGGGCCCUGAAAAAGGAGGCGGUUGGAAUGUGGGCUCUGGAUUGGUCGGUUUGUAGUUGAAAAGUACACUCACAGGCAAGCUGUUUACUGUCUCUAGGAAUUGGCCAUCCCUGGGAGGGGCAGUCCCUCCAGGGUCAGCAAGGCCCAAGAAUAUAGAAAAUAAAAGACAGGGUUAGUUCCCCCUUCUCCUGCUGAUAGCACUCCAGCUGUGUUUGGGGGCAUGGCUUCUCCCUUAUUCCCAUUAUAUUACGUUUGUGAAGGGUGGAAUAUGUGAGCCAAGCAAAGCCAAUCAGGCUGUUCCACUCAUCUAGCCCAGCAGUUGACUCAGAGACAGACAUGUGACCCAGAUCUGGUCACUGAGAGAGAAGUACUCAGGCUGAGAAAAGGAUAUAGGGAUGGGUCAUUGGGGAUGGGGGCGCUGGAGGCUAAACUAAGCAUGAUAAUCCUGUUUCCCUUUGUCAGUGAUUGGUUAAUGGUUGGGUGUGUACUUAGGGCCAGAUAAAAUACAGGGUGUCCAGUUGUAUUUGAAUUUCUGACAAUGAAUAGUUUUUUAGUAUAAAUAUGUCACAACUUAAAUUCACGACUGAAUGUAUGUUUAUUUGCUAAAUCUGGCAACCCUAGUAUAACCCACUCUGUGCCAAAAAUACAUAAGGGGAUGUAUAAGGGGGUAUGGGUAGUGCAGCUGGCAGCUGGGUUCCAUGAGGGACUUUGAUCCCUGCUUAAGAGAGAGACAGCAAAGAGCCUGACAUUCAUGUCUUCCCUCUGUGAGGAUGUGAUGUUUGGAACUGUGCCGCCAUCUUGAAACCAUUAGGCAUUAAGUUUGAGGACAGAUGAAGAUGUUUGAGCAGAGGGACAGAAAGAUUCCAGCUCCUUAAUUACAACAUUGUAUUUCCAAACCCAGCCCCAGGAAUGCCCCUCUCUGUACUUAUUUUUAUGUGAGAUAAUUAAAUGUCUCUCUUGCUUAAGCCAGCAGUUCUCAAUCUUGGCUGCGUAUUAGAAACACUUGGGGAGAUUUUAAAUACGUGGAUGCCAAUGCCAUACUCCACAGCAAUUGUCAGAAUUUCUGAGGAUAGGACUCAGGCAUUAGUGGGUUUUUAAAGCUCCCCAGGUGAUUGUAAUGUACAGCCCCUUGCUACUCAAAGUAUGGUCCCUGGACUUCGCCUGGGAGGAUGUUAUAGCCAUGAACCUAGACCUAAUGAAUUAGAAGCUGCUCUUUAACAAGGAACCCAGGAGAUUUGCAUGCACAUUAAAGUUUGGAAAGCACUGUCUUAAACCACUGUUAAUUAUUUACUCUACGCCUUGCAGCUGAACGAAUCUUGAUUCCCAUUCAAAUAGUCAG